AAAACGUGCAGUGCCACCAACUGCAAGCCCAUCGGUAGCUGCUAUAGUGGUUCCAUUGAUGCUGCUGGUGUUGAUUUGUGUUGCAGCUGCUGUGGUCUUCAUAAUAAGGAGGAAGAAAGGACUUAACAACAGCCCAGAUCGUAGACAUUUCAAUGCUGCAAAUGUGGGAGUGCGAGCUAGCAAUGACAAACUUUCUUCAGGAUUAGAAAACCCAUAUAGUGAUGUUGCCAAUGAAGUUCAGCCUGCAAGCACACCAGCCAAUACACCAGCCGCAGCACCAGCCACUUCACCAGCCACACCAGCCGCUCCAGCCAGACCCAAGCAGGUUAAGAAGAAGAAGCAAUUUACUGCUCCUUUCCCGAUUCCGUUGUCAGAGUUGAAAGAUUAUGUCAGCAAGAAGAAGAAGGAAACGUACAAAGAAGGCAAUGGGUUUCUGUUUGACUAUGAGAAUUUGCCCGAUUCCGACCGUCAUUCAUGUGAAAGAGCAAAGGACGACAAAAACAAGGAGAAGAAUCGCUAUGCUAACAUCAUUCCUUAUGACUUUUCUCGUGUUGUGCUUGAGAAACUACCAGAUGAACCAGACUCUGAUUAUGUAAAUGCAAGUUACAUGGAUGGUUUCAAUGAACCAAACAAAUACAUAGCCAGCCAAGGUCCAAACAAGGCUUCUGUAUGUGACAUGUGGAGGAUAAUAUGGCAGGAGAAUACCACUAAGAUUGUCAUGCUCACCAACCUACAAGAAGGAGUCAAGGGAAAAUGUGAGAAGUAUUGGCCAGAUAAAACAGCAUGCUACGGUGAUUUUGUUGUCACUUUGAAAAAGGAGGUGACACACCCAGACUACAUCGUUCGAGAUUUCAUGAUGGCUCUGAAAUUGCAGGAUGAAGGGAACAGAUAUGUUCGUCAGUAUCAUUUCAUAACAUGGCCUGAUAUGGGCUUGCCCCAUGAUCCCAUCAAAGUGGUGAAUUUUGUCAAAACGGUGAAGGAUCACAACCCCGAGAAUGCUGGUCCCAUGGUCGUUCAUUGCAGUGCUGGAAUUGGUCGCACUGGAGUGUUUUUGGUUUUGGACGCCAUGUUGGACCAGGCCAAGGUAGAAGGUCGAGUCGAUAUCUGGAACUUUGCUUGCGGCAUGAGAGACAAACGGAUGAAGAUGAUUCAGACACCGGCCCAGUAUGAGUUCAUCUUUGAUGUCUUGAUUGAGACGUUCUUUUGUGGUGACACCAGCAUCAAACCAGAGAAUAUUCUCUCCAAGUUGACUGCAUUGAAGAAGACCACAAAGGGCAGUGGGAAGACAGGACUACAAGUAGAGUUUGAGAAUCUUAAUUUGGUGACCCAUAUUCCGAACCCUGAAAAGUUCAAAGGAGGCCAGCUACCAGAAAACGUAAAGAAGAACAGAUUUCCAGAAAAACUACCAGUUGAUCUGUAUCGACCUCACUUGAUGUCGUCAGGAGAAGAUGGAUCCAACAACUACAUCAAUGCCUGCUUCCUCAAUAGUCCUAGCUCCAAAGGAAAGUACAUAGCCACCCAAAUGCCCUUACCCUACACCAUCAGUGACAUGUGGAGAAUGGUCUAUGACUACAAGUCAACUUGUAUCGUCAUGUUGAAUACAGUAGACAAAAACGAUCCGACAUGUGUUGAGUAUUGGCCAGAGAGAGACGCUGCAUCAUAUGGCAAUCUGACAGUCACUCUACAGUCAACUAAUAAAGUGGGACCAAACAUCAUUAUACGCUACCUAGCCCUGGCUGAUGAUCAGGAAUCCCGUCUGAUUUGUCACCUUCAACUACUCAACUGGCCCGUUGGUGGCGUACCAUCAUCACCAAGAUCCAUCGUAGAGUUGGUUACAGCCGUUAAAGAGUGGCAACUCGGGCACAAAGACGACCGAAUUAUAAUUCAGUGCAUUGACGGUGAGGGCACUAGUGGAACAUUCUGUGCUCUCCUUAACGUCAUAGAGAGACUGAAUAUUGACAAUGUGGUGGAUGUCUUCCAAGCAGUCAAGAAACUCAGAGUCUCUCGUCAUAGAUUGGUGCAGUCACAGGAGCAGUACGAGUUGAUAUAUAGAGUCCUACAGACGUAUCUGGACGUCGACGUUGUGUACGCAAACCUGUAGAAGAGCCUCGUCAACAACCUCGUCAACAACAGGUAACUAGAAGCAUACUCAAAAAGUUUGUACAUUCAAAACAUUUUUGACAAGUUGUCUACUUUGUUAGACCAUCAGUACUCAAAAAAUGUUUUUGUGAAAAUUCAUGAUAUGUCGGAAGACCAUAUUUAAAAUAUUGUGAAGUGAUGAUAUUACUUCGACUGAUUUUGUUGUUAUUUAGUAAAUUAUGUAUUUCUACUUUUAGGGAAAAGUUGGCAAUAAUGAAUAAUGAAAUGAAUGCAAAUCUGUUUUUGAUUUGCUAGAAACUAUAGUUUCAGACAAGCUGACAUGGCGGCCCUUGUAGGGUAUUUUUCAAUUUCAAACUGAAAUAGCUUAACCAAACACAUUGCUGUGAAGCCUUGGGUUUGAGUAGUUCCAUGUUUUUAAUUUAAAUAUUAUCUCAUUCAACAGUUGCUAUUUGAAUAAAAGAAAAUAACAAUUUCUUGUACACAGUCAUAAAACAAUGGUUUUUCAAAAAAUUUACAUUUUCUGAAAAAAAACUGGAAAAAAUAGGUUAUGCAUAUCUCAAGCAUCUUCAAACAUUUUGUGUUCUUUGGUUCCCAAUUGUUUUUUGAAGGAACCAAAAAUCCUGUUUUAAAGUGACCUUAAACAUUCAAGUUAAAAAACAAUUAAGAUUUCAAAGUAUAUAAAAUUUGAAAGAUUAUAAACUAUUUUUUCUUCACGCUUUUAUCCCAAUUCGGAUCUAAUACUACAGAGGAAGAAAUUGCACUGUAUUACUAUUUGAAAGAUAUGUUUAUUUAUCAAGAAUAUAGGAUUUAGAAUUCUGUAUUAUUUGAAUUAAAAGUUAUGUGAGUUUUUUAUCACCAUGCAGCAUGUAUUUUAUAGCAGUAGUCUAUGCGUAUUAUAUUACUAAGUACUAGGAUACAAAAUAGCUUUUGAUAUAUAUUUGUAAUUCAGAUCUUAACCAAAGUUAAGAAGAGUAUUUUUAUAAAUUCAAAUGCAAGGCAAGGACUAAAUUUCAAGGAUAUUGUAUAUAUAAACAGAAAAAGAUUCUGAAAUAAGGAUGGAAGUGCCAAAGUGUUUAAUAUUUUUGUACAACUCAGAAAUUUUUAUUUUUUAUUUUCAUACCCAGAAAUUUUGAAACGGAGUAUAUUUUGUAAAAGUUGUUUGUGGAAAUGAAACAUGAAUAAUGAAAACCAGAUAUAUGUAUAUAUUUUGUUUACUUCUAGCGUUAUUUUCAGCAAUGCUGUUUAAAGUGCAUUUGCAAUGGUCCAAGCUUUUGGCACAAUGUCAAGAUUACGGAAUGUUGUUAGCUGGUGACAUGUAUCUUCUAAGCCUUUUUUCCACUGCGCUUAGCAAGUUUGUGUGCUUACAGGCAUUAUGAAAUUGGGCGCUUUUUGCCACAUGGAUAAUUUAUAUGGAAGUAAUAAUUUUAACAAGCACGCACUUGGUGGUUCUAACACAAACCAAACAUUUUUUUACCUGUCACCACUUUGCCCUAUAUAAUUAUUUUGACUUAAGCCUGGUUCAUACUUCCUGCGAAUGCGAAGCGAAUCUUGACGUCACAAAUUCGCAACGAACAAUUCGCAGCAGUUGUCCUCUGCCUUACUCCUUUGCGAUAAUCGCUGCGAAAGGAGGAUGUGACGUCAAAUUCGCUUCGCAUUCACAUUCGCAGGAAGUAUGAACCGUGCUACAAACAUGCUAAUGUUUCAAUAAACAAUUUUUAUUUGCAAUGGAUAACAUUGUGAGACGUUU